AUGUAUAAGGUAUUUGGGACAUCAAAAAUCACCAACCAGACAAUCCCAAAAUUUGCAUCGGCUUUGUCUGCUACGACCACCACUGUUGAUAUUGGUGAAACCGAAUCAUUCUUGCAUGGUGGAGAGCUUCCAACUCUCAUUAUCCAGUCCACAUGCCACACUGUUCAUAUAUUUGUCAAUGGACAACUUUCAGGUUAUGCGUUUGGAACAAGGGAAAACAGGAGAUUCACUUAUAGAGGAAAUAUCAAUCUACAUUCUGGAACUAACAGAAUAACAUUGCUUAGUGUUGCUGUUGGAUUACCAAAUGUGGGUGGACACUUUGAGUCUUGGAACACUGGAAUCUUGGUUCCUGUUGCACUGCACGGUUUGUCUCAAGGGAAGCGAGACUUAUCAUGGCAAAAAUGGACGUACCAAGUGGGGCUGAGAGGUGAAGCUAUGAAUCUUGCAUAUCCAACAAACACACCCUCUGUUGAGUGGAUGGAUGCGUCCUUGACUGUACAAAAGCCUCAGCCUUUGACAUGGCACAAGACUUAUUUUGAUGCACCUGAGGGAGACGAGCCGCUUGCUUUGGACAUGGAAGGAAUGGGAAAAGGUCAGAUAUUGGUGAACGGUGAGAGCAUUGGGAGAUACUGGACAACAUUUGCAACCGGUGACUGUGGUAAUUGUAGCUACACCGGAACAUACAAACCGAACAAGUGCUUAUCCGGCUGUGGUCAGCCUACACAAAGAUACUACUAUAGAGAUAUGAAACUGUAUAUCUUAUUAGAGAAUGAGAGAGUACAAUAUAUACAAUGA